AUGAAAGCUACCAUAGGUGAGACUACUGAUUUGAAUUCAUUGGGGAAAAUUCUGGUCGAGAUGGGUGAGAAUGAACAAGCACAAAAAUGCUACAAACGAAUGUUAAAUGAAGCGCAGCUUGCUAGUGGUAAUGCAGAGCUAGGCUUAGGCAGAGUCAAUAUACUAUGUAGACAGGCUGAUGAAGGUCUACAACAUCUCAAAGACGCAUUAAUUAUAAAAGAACGUAUUUUGGGUCAGAAUCAUGCAGAUGUUGGAGAAAUUCAUACUUGGUUGGGUACGCUUAACUGGUACGUGCGACAUGAUCUUGAUCAAGCGUUGGAAAAUUUGAAAAAAGCGAUUAAAAUCCAAGAAGCAACACUUUCACCUGAUUCUCUUCCUCUUGCUCUGACCUAUAGUAACAUAGCGGAUACGUAUGAAUCGAUGGGAAACUAUGAUUUAGGUCUGGAGUAUCACAUGAAAGUUCUCAAAAUUCGAAAAACAACCUUGCCUGAAAGUCAUCCACAUAUUGCUGAAACCUUCAAUAAUGUAGGAACAUUAUAUGAACAUAAAGGAAACUAUACAGAAGCACUGGAAUAUUUUGAAAAAUCCAUGGAAAUCAAGCAAAAAUUUUUCCCACCUACUCAUGAAGAAUAUGCUGUGACCGCAACAAAUAUAGAAAGAUUGAAAAAGAAAAUGCAAAACCAACAUUGA